UGUAGGCAGGACCCCUCCCCUGGGUGGGGACUGUGAACUCUUUGAAAUAGCAAGCCGAGCACCAGCUUUCAUUGCUCUCUGCUUCCUGGUUGUGAAUGCAAUGUGAUCAGUGUGAUCAUCGGAUUCAAGCUUUUGCCGCCUUGGCAUGCCUUCUGCGAUGGAUCAUACCCUGAACGCUGGGCUGAAAAAGCCUUUCACUCUUAAGUUGUUUUUGUCGCAGCAACAGGAAAAGACUAAGAAGGAGCCACCCCAUCAGUGGCACAGUACAAGAAUAACAGAAUGCUUACAUGCCCAGACUAAGCCAAUUUUCCAUAAAAGCCAAAACUAGGAAGAGCAUUGUGCUGAGGCUUGAGUAACAAUGUUGAAUGUAGCUGCAAACAUGAGGACAUUCUGGCAGUUAAAAGAUGCACGAUUCUGAAUGAGGAAGAGAGAAGAGGAGAAAAGGUCAAGAGGUCCAGUUCCAAGCUCCUUUGUUACAAAGACAAUAAAUCCUGGUGUUUCAUCCACAUUAAAAGUUCAAGGCUCCUUGUUAACACUCCCAUUGCCUUGGAAAAGCAUCUGGCCGCUAGAUGGUGAGAUGGAGGUGGUCUGGCUCAGGCCACCCCAGCACUGUAAGAGUCGCCGAAACCCAUCUAAUCUCCAGGCUAGGUUCUGCCCACUGCCUGUUUCAAUACAGGCUCUUACCUAAGGUCAGUUUCAUGUGUGUAAAUGGUUGAGGGUGAGAUAAAAGAAGAUAACUUUUUGCCACAUUUGAAAUGAUGUGAAAUUCCAGUUUCAGUGCUGUUGGGAGAAUGGUACUGUGUAGUAGAAUUUGAAGAUGAUUGUAAUGGGAGGAGGGACAGAGCAAGUUCCCAGGGGCCCCAGACUGCACAGCAGACUGGCAUCUCAGUUCAGCCCACUGCAGCCCCAAGCCUGUCUCUUCCCAGCCACUGUGGUAGCAAAUGCUGGGGCUGAUGACCAGGACCCUGGGGACAUCCUUAGCCCCUUUGAGCAGCACAUAGAACUAUGUCCCUGAGGCUUCUUUACUCUAUAGCAGCCCAGCAUUUUGUAGAAAUUUAGUCUUCUCUGCUAGCCCUUACACUCCAGUUCUAGCCUACCCUGGUCUCCUGCCUUUGAAAGAGCAUGGGCUUUGGGACCAGACAUACUUCUGUCCAGUUUGGCUGAGUAUCAGUCCAUAUGUACAACUCACAUCACUUCUCUGUGCUUUUCUUUCUGAUGCAACAUGAACCAUGGUCUUAUGAGGAUUAAAUGAGGAUUCCUGGCACACAAGAGUCCCUUGCCAUAUCAUGUCUGAAUAUGGGAGGAUGACGGACACAGAGCGAGACCAGAUAGACCAGGAUGCUCAGAUAUUCAUGAAGACCUGUUCAGAGGCAAUUCAGCAACUCCGAACAGAAGCCCACAAGGAGAUACAUUCCCAGCAAGUGAAGGAGCACAGGACCGCAGUUCUGGAUUUCGUUGAAGAUUACUUAAAAAGAGUGUGUAAGCUUUACUCUGAACAAAGAGCCAUCCGAGUUAAGCGUGUGGUGGAUAAGAAGAGACUAUCUAAGCUGGAACCUGAGCCAAAUACAAAGAGGAAAGAACCCCCAUCUGAGAAAGCCUCACAGAAUGCUUCCCAGGACUCGGAAGAAAAGCCUGCCGCCGAGGAGUUGCCAGAAAAGCCUUUGGCCGAAGCACAGCCUGAACUGGGAACCUGGGGCGAUGGCAGGGGUGAAGAUGAGCUGUCUCCAGAAGAGAUACAGAUGUUUGAACAAGAAAAUCAGCGACUCAUUGGUGAAAUGAACAGCUUAUUUGACGAAGUGAGGCAAAUCGAAGGGAAAGUUGUUGAAAUUUCCAGACUCCAAGAGAUAUUUACUGAAAAAGUUUUGCAACAGGAAACUGAAAUUGACAGCAUUCACCAGUUAGUUGUGGGGGCAACUGAAAACAUCAAGGAAGGCAACGAAGACAUACGAGAGGCCAUCAAAAACAACGCCGGCUUCCGAGUGUGGAUCCUCUUCUUCCUCGUGAUGUGUUCCUUCUCCUUGCUCUUCCUUGACUGGUACGACAGCUAGCCCACGAGGGCUACCCCUGUGUCUGUGCUGCUGUCCCAGACACACACACCAUGUGCCAGCAUGUGUCUCUUCUGUUGUGUAGCUGUGUAAGAUCCAAGGGCUGGGGAGACAUGGCCCCCAAGCCAACCUUUGGAACCUGUCAGGACCUGGAAACGUGUGGAUUGAAAGUGCCCUAGGCGGUCUUCGGGGGCAGAGGAUAAAGGGGUGAGGCAGUCAGGAGUGGCACCUCCUGGAGGACCACAAGCAUGGCAGGGCUGAGCAGGACAGGAAUACGGCACUCCUGCUAUCCCCGUUACAAUGCUUGGGGCCUCGUCUCCUGCCCUUCCCACACCAGUAGCUUCAGGGGAGAACAUGCCUAAUGUUUCUAAAGUCAUUGGUUCUUACUUCCUUGUGGCGUCUAAUGUGUGCUGAUAUGUGGCCAUUUUGUCAAAGAAAACAAUUCACAUCUGCCUUGUCAAGCUAAUAAAUGCAAUUAGAGCCA